GGUAUCCCGGAUAUGACACCAGCUUUGGUUGGCUGCAUUUUGAUGAUGACACUAUUGUCAGAAACGUUGAGAAAGCAACAAAGAGUUGAUUCAAAGCAUUGAAAUUAAAAGUAGGAUCGAAAGACAAAGCAAGAGAUAUACGCCGGGCCAAGCCAUUUCGUAGCCUGAUUGGCUCGGAUGUCAAAUUGAUGUUCGAUGCUAAUCAACAAUGGUCACUCUCGACUGCAGUAGAUAUGUGUGAGGCUUUAAAGGAAGUGAACCCUUACUGGAUUGAAGAGCCUACACACCCGGAUGACGUGUUUUCUCAUCAAAGUCUUGUCAGAGCUGGCUAUCCCGUCGCCAUAGGAGAGGCUAUACCAAACCACGUGACAUUCAAGAACUUCAUGCAGGCACAGGCAGCUAACUUCAUUCAGGUUGAUCCUUCAAGAACUGGAGGCAUCAGCAAGACUAUCCUUGUAGCAAUGAUGGCCAAAAAGUUUUGUCUUCCUGUUGUUCCACAUGUUGGUGACAUGGGACAAAUCAGCCAACACCUAGUAUUAUUCUACCACAUUGCGCUGGGACACGAGAAACUUUUUCUUGAAUAUAUUCCACAUCUCAGGAAGUAUUUUGUUACUCCUGCCCAAGUCAAUGAAGGAGUAUACAGGGUGCCCGAAGAACCAGGAGCUAGUAGCGAUCUAAGAGACUAACUUCAAUAAUGUAGUGUAUUAGUAUUGAUGCUCUCUAAGAAUGUAUGAUAGCGCAUGCGCAUAUGUUUU